UCCCCUCACUGCUUUAAAGCGUAUGUGUUUUGUGGAGCUGCUGAAAGUAGUUUAAGAACAGUGGAAGGUAGUGGAAGGAUACUGGUUUAGGUUGAAGGUUUGAGCUGUUUACACACCAGGAACUGCAGGAACUGACAUUUUACACAGAAAACACUAAACCUCCUCCUGCACCGCUGCUGCUGCUGUUAACAAGAGGACGAGAAAGAAAGACCUGAACACUGAGAAGAAACAGAUUAUUGUAAAGGACAAGUCAGGAUAGCCUGCAGGAGAAACAUGGUGUCUAUCUUUAACUCCAUACUAAACCUGACCUUGAGGCUAGACAUGCAGGGAAUCCUGAUCUUUCUCUGCGUUGUGCUGCUUCUGAAAUACCUGAGUGAUGUUCGGCCCAAGAACCUUCCUCCAGGUCCCUUUCCUCUGCCACUUAUUGGGAACAUGCUGGACAUCAGCUUCUCAGAUCCAAUUGGAUCCUUCAAUAAGGUGUUUGAAAAGUAUGGAGACGUUAGCACACUUCAGUUUGGGGGUCAAAACUGCAUUCUGCUGUCUGGCUAUAAGACUUUUAAGGAGGCAUUUGUAGAACAAGGGGACGUCUUCAGUGACCGGGCCUCCUACGCUGUCAAUGAAAAACUGUCCAAAGGAUUGGGUCUGCUUUACUCCAGUGGGCACAAGUGGAGGAAUCAAAGACGCUUUGCUCUGUCUACACUGAAGAACUUUGGUGUGGGGAAGAAGACUCUUGAGAACUCCAUCUUGCAGGAGAGCCAAUACCUCUGUGAAGCUCUGCAAACACAACAGGGUUUUCCUGUUGAUCCUCAUCAUAUUCUGAACAACGCAGUGGCGAACAUAAUCUGCAGCCUGGUGUUCGGCCACAGGUUUGAAUAUGAUGACCAUUAUUUCCAUCAGAUUCUGCAGUACUCAGACGAUGCAUUUCAGCUUCCUGCGACUAACAGUGGUCGGUUCUACAACUGGUUUCCCACCAUCAUGAACUGGCUUCCAGGAAAACACCAGACUGCCUUCAACAACCUUUAUAAGGUGAAGAACUUCAUCCAGGAAGAGAUCGAGAAGCACAAGCAAGAAAGAAACCGAGACAACCCCAGAGACUACAUCGACUGCUAUCUGGAGGAAAUUGAGACGUGUAAAGACAGCAGGGCCGAGUUUACGGAGGAGAACCUGAUGUGGUGUGUGGUGGACCUGUUUGGAGCUGGAACAGAGACCACCACAAACACUCUUAAAUGGGCCAUACUUUAUAUGGCCAAGUAUCCCACAGUACAAGAGAAGCUUCAAGCAGAAGUAGAUCAGGUGAUUGGUCAGACUCGUCUGCCGUCGAUGGAGGACCGAGCUCUGAUGCCGUACACCUACGCCGUCAUUCACGAGAUCCAGCGCUUUGCCAACAUCAUUCCCUUUGCCCCUCCAAGAGUAGCCAGCAAGGACACUACAGUAGCAGGAUACCACAUCCCGAAGGGAACGAUGGUGCUUCCCCUGCUGAACCCAAUCCUGCAUGACAGGAAUGAAUACAGCACCCCGGACCAGUUCAACCCGGGACACUUCCUGGAUGAAAAUGGCAAAUUUCUGAAAAGAGAAAACUUCAUACCCUUUUCAGUCGGUAAGCGGAUGUGUCCAGGUGAGCAGUUAGCUCGUAUGGAGCUCUUCCUCUUCUUCACUUCACUAAUGCAGAAGUUCACCAUUAAUGCUCUGGAGGGUCAGACUCUGGGUUUGGAGCGAACGGUGGGCAUCACUUUGGGCCCUAAACCAUUUAAGAUACGCGCUGUACCACGUUGAUGCCCAUCGUACACAGCUACUGAAGACCAAGGUCGUCAGCAUGGCAGAACUACUGCAAUACUGUACAUAAAUACAGACUCCUACCUAAUAUAUCAGUACAGACUGUGAUUUAAAUCUACUGUAUACUCAAUUAAAAAAUUCACAUUCCUAAAA